AUGUUCGUUCUUCUUCCUUCCCAGUAUUACAGUUGUGCUUGGAAAGAUAAAGGAUGUACUCCGACGAACGCCCGUAAGCUGGAACUUGGCUGCCUACAAUGCUCCACUAGUUUACUCUGCUCCGAACGAUUUGUCUUAAAAGAAUGGAAUGAAGUCUCUGCCACGGACCUUGUGUAA